CCCGAUAAGGUAAAUUUUAUCCUCCUAACCACAUGAUUCCGUGACGUAUAAACAGUUUUUUUCGGGUAGAUAUUAAAUCGUGGUGAUAAUCCAAACAGUUAAUGCGUUUUAUGUAUAAAAUGUAUAGUACUUUCAAGAAGUCUGUCUCUAGCACAGUUGAACUGCGAACCAUGAAUAUAUAAUGUAAUCUAUCAUGAUUCAUGCAUCGAACCCAGAAAACCAUACGGAAAUCAUUCAUACAUGUUUAAAUACGAAGAGAUUGCAUAAUCGGGAUUUUCGGGUUAACAACAAGUUACUGAUAUUUGAUCUGUUUUUUUUUAUAUAAAGGAAAUGAAACCUCAGUAUAUCAUGCUUCGUCUCAUGUAAUAACAACACGCACUUUCAUUGUAAACAUACUUGUACCCAGACUCCUGGAUGAAUGACAACUUUCUUGUUAUGAUGAAAUUAGCACAGUUGUGUGAUAUCAACAUCGAGUCCUGGUGGUUGAUAAAAUCAAAAUGGAACCUGGUUCACAAGAAUACAUAAUUGUAUUCUCUGGGGGGAUUAUGAUCAUAAUCCUUUUAUCAUUAUUUGGAAACACGCUGGUAUGUUUCGCCGUUUAUCAUUCAAGAAAUCUUCGCGCUGGGGUUAAUUAUCUUAUAGUCUCGCUUGCUGUUGCAGACAUUUUAAUAGCAUCAAUAGCAAUGCCGAUAUGGCUGUUCUUUGAAAUAACAGCUUUUAAUCACCUAUCCCAUAAUACAUCACUCAUACUGCAUAACAUUUGGACAUUUAUAGACAUACUUGGUGCAAUAGCAUCAAUCGCCAACUUGACAGCAAUAAGCUAUGAAAGACUUUGGUCUGUGUUUUCACCAUUCAAACAUCGACGUUACAUGACGAGCUUCACAGCUGGGGUUACUAUCUUUAUUGUAUGGGUUUACGCUGUCAUAGUAGCAGCGACAAAUCUUAUGCAUAAAGACUGGGAAUAUGUGACAAUCUACACGGCUUGUAUUGGUUUCUUUUUCCCUCUCUCGUUGAUAAUAAUUGCUUACGUGUGCAUUUUUAUUAUCGUUAAUAAAAGUCCACGCAAUGUUAUUUCACAGCAGGAUAAUUCACGAAUCAACCGGACCAUUUGUAUUAUCGUGGGUUUAUUUAUUCUAUGUUGGGCACCUUUCUUCGUUACAUCUCUUCUUUUACACAAAUGUUUGAGUUGUUAUAUGUUUAUCAUUGAAAAUUUAUGGCUUCGCUCGCUCAUCAAAUGGUUGCAUUAUUUUAAUAGCUGCUUAAACCCGCUUGUUUACGGAAUUGCAAACGCGCAAUAUAAAGAUGCGUUUAAAGCAGUUUUUCGACAAAUGUGUUUCCGGUUUGUGUUUAAAAAUCAGAAUGAGAAUAUUGAAGAAUUAAACCUACCCAUAUAUUAUCCAAGACAAGUGUCUGAAACUUCAAAAGCACUAUGUAUAGAACUCACACCGGAAGAGAAAGAACCAGAUGGUGCAAUUGGUGGAUUUCGACCAAUCAAUGAGCUUCAAGAAGAUCGCUAUUUACCAGGCGACUACCGAGCUUUGCCAAGUUUUCCAACGCCAAGGAUGAAGCGCUUACAUUCGAAUAACACAACCACAACGGAGGAGAGUUUGUUAGGCGCGAAUUGCCUUGAUGAUACAGAAGCGUUACAGAGAGCUUUACUUAACCCGGAAUCACUAACAAGAACAAGUUACAUUUAAAUUUUCUUACAACCUCGAUAUAAUUUAAAACUGUGAAGCGUAUAUUUAAAAAAUACAAUGUACAACUAUAAACAUUACUCCGUAUUUUUUAUAAAAACUAAAGACUAAAAUUGGAAUUUAAUUCUCUUUUGCUAGAUUUUUUUAUGGAUAACAUAUUUAUACCUGAUGCUUCUGUAUAUAAAGGUCAUGUAUUAUACUUUUGACAAGAUAUCAUAUUACAUUUUU